UUUGCUUUUUGCAUAUUUUUUACAAUUAUCUUCAAGCUGAAUUGUGCUCGAGGCUACGUAGGUCAUGUAAUAUUUCCAGGACUCGGUGAUUUUUGCGCGGUUGAAGCCUGAUUCGCAAAAGGCCGUUGAUACUUGCCAUGAGCAUCUUGAAGAUUUUGCUUCAUAUGGUUAUCGAACGCUUUGCUUCGCCAUGCGGACUAUUCCUGAUGAUGAGUAUGAAGCGUGGGCCAAAGACUAUCAUGCGGCUGGAAUCUUGAUUGAGGGAAGACAGAAGGCACAGGCUGAGGUUGCGGAGAGGAUUGAGAAGGAUAUGGAAUUGAUUGGGGCAACGGCUAUUGAAGAUAAAUUACAAGAGUAUGUUCCUGAGACAGUGCAAGCUUUGAUGGCCGCUGAUAUGCGUGUGUGGAUGUUGACUGGGGACAAACGCGAGACUGCCAUCAAUAUAGGUAAAUUAUUAUUCUUCGACAUUUACAUUCUUGUUCUAUGCGUUGCUUUGUAUAAAAGACAGUCUGCUCAUUCUUGCGCUCUUUGCCAACCUGGUAUGGAACUGCUGACUGUGGACAAAGAAACAUAUGAGGAAACUUGCACUAAACUAGCACAAUUGGCCGAAAGAUCGAGGCAGCUUGAAGCGGAUAAAAAGCAGUUUGCAUUGGUCAUCGAUGGGAAAUCGCUCGUUCAUGCCUUGGUGGGUGAUUGCCGAGAGCCAUUCAGUGAACUUGCCAUGAGAUGUCAUGCUGUCGUGUGCUGUCGUAUGAGUCCGAUGCAAAAGGCGGAGGUGGUGGAAAUGGUGCGAAGCAUAGGCAAUCAUGUUGUGAUGGCCGUUGGAGAUGGAGCAAACGAUGUAGCUAUGAUUCAGGUCUGUAGAGAUGCUGCAAAUGUUGGUAUUGGAAUUUCGGGAGAAGAGGGAUUACAGGCUGCUUCAGCAUCUGAUUAUGCUAUCCCGCGUUUCCAUUUUCUGAGAAGAUUG